GGGGGGCCACGACUCCGGCACUUUUUCCACUCCCUCUCGUAACUCGUAAGAUUACGAUUAUCUUUCAUGAGGAAUCCCUGAUUCCCUACAAACAAGCCCACUUCUCUCUCUCUCUGUCCCCUCUUAUUUGCAUUUGCAGUCCUUCGCUUGUUCCACAGUUCACGCUCUGUUGCUCGUUCCUCCAUCACUUCCAGCGCUAAAGCACCUUUUUUUCUGAACGCUGAGUUCUCAGAUAUCCCUCAGCUUCCCAGAAAGAUUUCUGGUUAUUCAGGAAUCGCUUCGUGUUCUGAAGGAAAUCCCCACUUUGGCAUUCUGGAAACGUUGGUUGACUCCAAGCUUUGAAUUUUCUGCAGGUUGGUUUUGAUUUCGGUGGUCUGAUUGGAUUGUGGGUUUUCCAGGAAAGUCGGUCAAUUUCUUAGAAAGUAAAGUUUGGCAGUUCCUGGGCUUGGUUAUGGAUUUUUGCUAGUGGUUUUUGGAAUUAGAGCUGUAGGGAAUGGAAGGUCGAACUUCUGUUAUGGGGGGGUUUUGUUGAAUGAUAAAAAUAGAGAAAAUGAAAAGAGGGAGGGAUGACGAGAAGAUCACGGAACCCAUGUUCCCAAGGCUUCAUGUUAAUGAUACAGAGAAAGGAGGGCCAAGAGCACCUCCAAGGAAUAAGAUGGCUCUCUAUGAACAACUAAGUAUUCCCUCUCAGCGGUUCAAUCAAGGGGUCUUGCUUCUUAACCACCAAAAUAACGCUAGCAACUUGGUAUUCCCUGAAUCCUCAAGCCAAGGGAAUGGCCUUGAAAGAAACUUUCACUCUCCACUUCACAUACGUCCCUCAAUGCCCAUUCAUCAGGGUGAGAAGAUUCUUCCUCACCGGUCUGAAGGAUCAAGUUUGAAUAAUUCAUUGGUGCAACUCGAGCAGGGAAAGAAGGUUGGAGAUGAAGAUGAUUUUAUUGUUCCUGUAUUUGUUCAAACAGGGACAGAGCAAUACUGUAGUGAAACUCAGAACGGUAUUGAUAGUGGAAAACUCAGUCCCUUCUGCCCCACAUAUUCUAGUUGUUCCAUAAAACACCAAAAUGAUUGUGAUAAGGAUCCAAAUUUGAUUACGUCCCCUGGCCUGAAUUUGAGACAAGAAGUGAGACGUGAGAAUGAAGAGGACCCAAACUUGAGGGUUCCAAGUCAUUCUGUAAAAUCCACAACAGAUAUGUCGACCCGAGAAAAGAUUGAAGGGCUCCUGAAGGAAUCCAAUGCAGCUCCGGUUCAAGAGUAUCAUGAUUGUCCUAUAACUAAUAUUAACAAUUCAGAUGAUGAUGCUUGUUUACAGCAAGAGACUGGAUUUGUCGAGCCUGUAAGGGAUGUAGACAAGGGAAAUGUUCCUCGCCCAAGAAGCAUCACUCACUCGGGGGGAAAUGAUAGCGGUCCCUAUGAGCCUGAUAAUGGCAGUGAAUAUUGUGGAGACCAGAACAUGUCACUACAAAUGGGAAAUGUAGACAAAAGUGAUGAUGUUUCUGAGACCUCCAUGGUGGAUUCUAUAUCAGAAUUUGAUAUCUCUCCGGAUGAUGUUGUAGGAAUAAUAGGUCAGAAACAUUUUUGGAAAGCUAGAAGAGCGAUUGUCAAUCAGCAAAGAGUGUUUGCGGUGCAAGUAUUUGAGUUGCAUAGACUGAUAAAGGUCCAACAGCUGAUUUCUGGAUCACCGCAUCUUUUGCUUGAACAUGGUACUUUUCUAGGAAAACCUUCAUUGAAGGGUCCGCCUGCAAAGAAACUUUCAUCCAAGUAUAUUGUAAAACCACCAUCACACAUUGCGAAGUGCAAAGAUGAUUCCAAGAAGUCAAACCAUAAAAUGGAACGUUCUGCAGAAAAUACAGUUGGGAAGACCUCUCUUUCUUCUGUGAAAAAUGGCAGUCAGCCUUCAUGUUAUGGACCUUAUAUUGGAAACUCACUGCCAGCUCCUGUGGCUACCGAUAAUAAAAUGGGUCCUUGGUGUAUUAAUCAGUCACCUGGGCAUCAGUGGUUGAUUCCCAUAGUCUCUCCUUCUGAAGGACUCGUAUUCAAGCCCUAUCCUGGACCUGGGUUUAUGGGAACUGCUUAUGGAGGAAGUGGACCUUUCAGCCAGGUUCCCUUGACAGGUAACUUAAUGAAUUCAGCGUAUGGGUUUCCAGGUCAUCCUUGUCAUCAGGGAAUUGGGAAUCCUCCUGGUACUCCUCCAGUUGGUUAUACCUACUUCCCUACAUAUGGCAUGGCGGCCAUGCAUCCGGCCAUGUCAGGUUCAUCUGUUGAACAAGUUAACCAAUCUGCUGGACCUGGCUCACAUGGUCAAACUCAUUUAUCUGGAGCUGGAGCCAACUUUAACAUGCAGCAUCAGACCUCACAUGAGCCAAAUAAAAAGGAUGGAGUUAUUUCCCAAGUUGCUAAGUUUCAGGCUACUAAAGACAGGGAGUUGCAAGGAACUGAAGGAAGUAGAGCUAGUAGUCACCAUGAUAGACCACGAGGUGUUGGGACAAGUUGCACUUCUGAGGGGAGAGAUGCACUUCCACCUUUUCCUAUUGCUUCAGUAGUCCUAGAGGCAGCUCCUCAGCCACAUGAAGUUGACCAGUCGACACGAGUGAUCAAAGUUGUGCCACAUAAUCCUAGAUCUGCAACUGAAUCAGCAGCUCGGAUUUUCCAAUCUAUUCAAGAAGAGAGAAAGCAGUACGACUCAGUCUAGCUCAUUUUUUCUACUAUCACAUGAUCUUGACCUUAUCUAGUUGAUAUAUGUAACGACCUUCUCUUUAUUACAGUAUUGUAGCCCACACGUUAUAUUCACAUGUUGACAUGCUUCUGGACGAUAGGUACCUUGAAUAUAUGUUAUCUUCAAUUUUGUGUUGGCCUGACAUUUGGGUAGGGGUGGCAUUGCUCUGUGGAGAGGAUGGGUUUUCACUCAUGAAUGUGAUAUAGUGAGGAACUUGUAACUUGACCAUACUGUUUGGUUAAUUUGCUAUGCUCAAUUGCUCUUUUAAUGGUUGGAUUUUUUAUA